CACUGAAUUGCCACCUUGUUGUCCCCUAGUUCACAGGAAUCCAGCUCAAAGGAUCCCUCCCAUCCAUCCAUUCAUAUACACUGAUAAUUUCAAACCCAGAGAGAGAGAGAGAUGAAGCGUGAGAAGAAGGGGAAGGCAGUGGUGGUGGGAGGGAGCAUCGGAGGUGUAUCGUGCGCACACGCACUGGUGGCGGCUGGGUGGGAGGUGUUGGUGCUCGAAAAAUCAGCCGCCCCUCCGACCGGCAGCCCCACCGGCGCCGGCCUCGGCCUCGACCCCUUGGCGCAGAGGCUCAUCGACUCCUGGGUCGGAGCCACCCAUCUCCUCCGUGACGCCACCGUCCCCCUCACCAUUGAUCUGAAUCAAGCAACAGAUGGGGAAAAGAAAGUCAGCUGGACACUGACAAGAGAUGAAAACUUCAACUUUAGAGCAGCUCACUGGGCUGAUCUCCACAGCCUUCUAUACAAUGCCCUGCCACCAAGCAUAUUUCUUUGGGGUCAUUUGUUCCUCUCUUUGUGCACUUCUGGUGAGAAUGCCGGCAUCAAAAUAAAGGCUAAAGUUCUUCAAACCAAUGAAACUGUAGAAAUAGCAGGUGAUUUGCUCGUCGCAGCAGAUGGAUGUCUUUCUUCCAUCCGGAAAAUCUUUCUUCCAGACCUCAAAUUAAGAUACUCAGGCUAUUGUGCAUGGAGAGGGGUGCUUGAUUUUUCGGACAAUGAGAACUCAGAGAUAAUUACAGGCCUACAGAAGGCAUAUCCAGAUCUGGGCAAAUGCCUGUACUUUGAUUUAGGUUACAGAACUCAUGUUGUUCUUUACGAGCUCCCAAACAAAAGGAUGAACUGGAUUUGGUAUGUUGGUCAACCGGAGCCUCAAAUUCAGAGGAAUUCAGUGACGACGAAAGUAAGCAGAGACAUGAUUGAAGCAAUGCUCAAAGAAGCAGAGAAGGUUUGGGCUCCAGAGCUGGUUAAAGUCAUGAAAGCAACAAAGGAACCCUUCAUAAACAUCAUCUAUGAUUGUGAACCACCAGAGCAGGUUUUCUGGGGCAACCUGGUAUUAGUUGGAGAUGCCGCUCAUCCAACAACCCCUCAUGGUGUUAGAAGCACAAACAUGUCGUUAUUAGAUGCAGCAGUUCUAGGCAAGUGCCUGGAGAAGUGGGGAGCUGAGAAUCUGCAUUCGGCACUGGAAGAGUAUCAAUCGAUAAGGGUUCCUGUAACCACGAAGCAGGUCCUGCACUCAAGGAGAAUGGGUCGCAUCAAGCAGGGUCUGGUUCUCCCUGACAGGAGGGCUUUUGAUCCGAUGACAGCUAGCCCCGGGGAAUGUGAAGAGCUUCAGCAUAAGAACAUGCCCUUCUUCUCUCAUGUUCCUGCAAUAGUUGAAUCGCUAGCUAGAUGUAGUUGAGUAAAGACAAGCAUAAGAGAAUUCAGUUGAUGUUUUAAGGACUUCAUGUAAUGUAGACGUUAAAUACAAGCAUGCAAAGUGUAUCACAAUUUGGUGCACCAACAAAUUCAAAAGCUCUCCUCUUCGAUUUUUCCACAUCAAUAGGAACAGAAGGAGCUUAUAUUUUU